AAAGCCCAAGGUGCCUUUGCUGGGGCCUGUAGAAUCCGCAGUGUGCCAAGCUGGAGAAGGCGUCCGGUUUCCCGGAGCGGCUAAGGUGCCUGUCGCUACGAUUCUCUUUGUGGCCAGAUGGGUUUGUAUGGACAGGCUUGUCCAUCUGUAACUUCAUUAAGGAUGACGUCUGAACUGGAGAGCAGCUUAACAUCUAUGGACUGGUUACCACAGCUCACGAUGAGAGCAGCCAUCCAAAAAUCUGAUGCUACUCAAAAUGCACAUGGAACAGGAAUUUCCAAGAAGAGUGCACUCCUUGACCCAAAUACAACCCUGGACCAGGAAGAAGUCCAACAGCACAAAGAUGGGAAACCUCCAUACAGUUAUGCCAGCCUCAUUACAUUUGCAAUUAAUAGCUCACCCAAAAAGAAAAUGACUCUAAGUGAGAUUUACCAGUGGAUUUGUGAUAACUUCCCAUAUUAUAGAGAGGCUGGCAGUGGUUGGAAGAAUUCCAUACGACAUAAUCUGUCACUGAACAAAUGUUUCCUUAAAGUGCCUCGAUCCAAGGAUGACCCUGGAAAGGGGUCCUAUUGGGCAAUAGACACCAAUCCGAAGGAAGAUGCGCUGCCUACUCGGCCAAAGAAGAGAGCACGAUCUGUAGAACGGGUAACGUUGUACAACACUGAUCAGGAUGGUAGUGAUAGCCCACGCAGUAGCCUUAACAACAGUCUCUCAGACCAGAGUUUGGCAUCUGUUAAUUUGAACAGUGUUGGAAGUGUGCAUAGUUAUACACCAGUGACAAACCAUCCAGAACCAGUCUCUCAGUCAUUAACUCCUCAACAGCAGCCACAGUACAACCUUCCAGAACGAGACAAACAACUUCUUUUCUCAGAAUAUAAUUUUGAAGAUCUCAGUGCCUCAUUUCGGAGCCUUUAUAAGUCAGUUUUUGAGCAGUCACUUAGUCAACAAGGUUUGAUGAACAUCCCUUCUGAAUCUUCCCAGCAGUCCCACACUUCGUGUUCUUAUCAGCAGUCUCCUAGCAGUACAGUGAGCUCUCACCCACACAGCAACCAAAGCAGCCUGUCCAACAGUCAUGGCAGUGGCCUCAACACCACGGGCAGUAAUUCGGUUGCGCAAGUCUCGCUGUCCCAUCCCCAGAUGCACACACAGCCGUCUCCACAUCCGCCCCAUCGACCUCAUGGUUUACCGCAGCGUCCUCAGCACCCAGCACCGCACCCACAGCAACACAGCCAGCUCCAAUCCCCUCACCCCCAGCACCCCUCUCCACAUCAACACAUACAGCACCAUCCAAACCAUCAGCAUCAGACGUUAACACAUCAGGCGCCCCCACCCCCACAACAGGUAUCCUGUAAUUCUGGUGUUUCAAAUGAUUGGUAUGCAACACUUGAUAUGCUAAAAGAAAGCUGUCGAAUUGCCAGCAGUGUUAAUUGGUCAGAUGUAGACCUUUCACAGUUCCAAGGUUUGAUGGAGAGUAUGAGACAGGCAGAUCUCAAGAACUGGUCUUUAGAUCAGGUUCAAUUUGCUGAUCUCUGUUCUUCUCUUAAUCAAUUCUUUACACAAACUGGCCUUAUCCACUCACAGAGUAACGUUCAGCAGAGUGUCUGUCACGGUGCCAUGCAUCCAACAAAACCUUCCCAACACAUUGGGGCAGGAAAUUUGUACAUAGACUCCAGGCAAAAUCUCCCUCCUUCAGUGAUGCCGCCCCCUGGUUAUCCUCAUAUUCCACAGGCACUCAGCACUCCAGGAACAACGAUCGCAGGCCAUCACGGAGCCAUGAGCCAGCAGCACAUGAUGCCUUCCCAAGCCUUCCAGAUACGGCGCUCUCUGCCUCCAGAUGACAUCCAGGAUGACUUUGAUUGGGAUUCCAUUGUGUAGAGCUUGUCUCUGCAAGGCACGGCCCCAGUGUCACCUGUGUGUGCAGUGAAGGGAAAGGUUUAAGAGAAUCCAGUUGAGAAAACAAAGUUGCUAAUCACUUUACCAAUGUUAUCAACAUUUCUUUUGAAGACAAUCAGAAAGAUUUUAGCUGAAUAACUUACUGCUUUUAUCUGACCCAAAUAAGUACUACGUUUGUCUCGCUGCCAGCUGCCCUCUGUAGCUCCUAACUGUUGUGUGAUUUGGACGGCUUUUGCAUAUUUGUGUCAGUUUGAUGUUGACCACAAGUGCCAGACUGAUUUUUCAGACAGAGCCUAUUUUGCUGCAAGCAGUUUAUAGAUACAUAUGUGUAAAUAUAUGUACAAAAAUUACUGAAAGGCUUCGAUUUUUUUCUAAUUGGAUUAUACGUCUUGAAAAGAAAGUUACUGUGAGUUUUUAUUCCUUAUUAGGCUGUUUUCUGCAGAAUGCUUUUAAACUGAUGUAGGCAACUGAAAGGAAAUAGAUUUUUUCAAAGCCCAGUUCCCCUUAUUUAAUCUUUUUCAGAAAUGUGGUUAUUGAGUUCUACUCAGUAAGUCAAAGAACCCAGAGUUUGAUGCCCUCCAAACAGUCCGAAGGGGCAUGUUGUUCCUGAGCAGCAUAAAGAACUGACCAAAUUUGUUUUGAUGCUUAGGGGAUUAUAGAGUUUAUGUUGUACCUUGUCAAUAUGUGUUUUCCUAAAUCUGCAUUAUAACAGUUCUAAGAUUUAUUUGAUCAAUUAGAAGCUGGGCAUUGCAUGGCUCUUUAAACAAAUCAAUGCCUCCGUAUUCACUUAUGUAUUUAUUAUUCAAAAGUGUUAUUUUAAUAUUUAUUGCCACCUUCUGUGAAUGCUCAGCUCUUGUUGGGUUCAUUAAGGAGAAAUGUGGUGUCUGAAAGCAUAGAAUUAUUUUUCUUGAUAAGAGUUUACAGAUAAGACAAUCAGAGAGAGAUUGUGUCAUUCUCUUUAUCAUCACUCCUUUUACCAUGUGAGUAUGUUUCUCUAUCUUAGCAUUCUUGUUGAUUGAGACUUACUAGCUAAAUAGGAUUUUUCUGGAAUUUGCAUCAGAGUUCAUUUGGGCAACAGAACAGCAGGACAGUGUUUAUAAAGCAAGUUUCCACACUCAUUAUCUUUCCAUUUAGGAGAUGCUGAAAGAAGGAUGGAGCCACACACAGAUUUUAUAUGCCACAGUCUUUGGUGCAAUUAUUGUGAAGUAGCCUGCUGUUUCUGUUGUCCUGUGUGUCUGUGUAUGCAUGACAUUUGGUUACUUUCUUUGAAAUGCAGCCUGCCUCUUAGGGGUUUUUAUUAGUUUUCUGUUCUGUUUCACGUUGUAUCACAGUUACUUUGCAUGGAUUGAUUGUCUUAGUUUUAUAAUAAAACUAAAAGAAAUUAGAUUUU